AUGUGUUUCGACUAUUUUAUAUUAACUGAAACCUGGCUAAAUAAUAAUAUUAAUGAUUGUGAAUUGGGCUUUGAUAACUACUCUGUUUAUAGAUCUGAUAGGAACUAUGCAAUCAGUAACUGUAAUAGAGGCGGCGGUGUUGCAAUAUGCGUUAGUAAUAAGUUUUUGUCUAAAAUUAUUGAUAUACCUAACAACACUAUUGAUCAAUUGUUCAUUGCCGUUACUAUUGUUGAGAAUGGUGGCCAAGUCGAUGUUAUCUAUACGGAUCUUAAAAAAGCUUUUGAUACUGUGGAUAUUACAAUAUUAUUAUGUAAACUUAAAUUACUGGGUAUACAUGGUCCAUUAUUAAGUUGGUUUGAGUCAUAUUUAUCCAAUAGACGACAACAGAUAUCAAAAAACUCUUAAAAUGAAAAUUAUUACAUUAUUUAC